GGGACCAGAAGCAGCAGCAAAGUCUUGUGAGCAACAGAACUUCUAUUCCAGCUUCAGUUUGUGUUUGCCCACAAGGUUUCCUGUUACACUUCAGCCAUGGGAUUUGGCUCCCUCACUGCCAUCUGCAGCAUCACACGUGUCUCCAUCCCUUGUGUGGGAAUAACAGUUCUGCUGCAUCUCUCUUUAUCAUUCAACGUUGAUGUGAAAGAUACGAUGACUUUUAGUGGUCCUGUGGAAGACAUGUUUGGAUACAGUGUGCAGCAAUUUGAAAAUGAAGAGGGAAAAUGGGUUCUUAUUGGUUCUCCUUUGGCUGGUCAGCCCCAAAAGAAAACAGGUGAUGUCUAUAAAUGCCCUGUAGGACAGGGUAAAGGUUUGCCAUGUGUAAAGUUAAAUCUGCCAGCCAACAUUUCAAUUCCUCAAGUUACAGAAGUCAAGGAGAAUAUGACUCUUGGGUCAACCUUAGUGACGAAUCCCAAAGGAGGGUUUUUGGCAUGUGGACCUCUUUAUGCUUAUAAAUGUGGACAUUCCUAUUACACAACUGGUAUCUGUUCCAACGUUAGCUCAAAUUUUGAGGUUGUAAAUUCCAUUGCUCCAUUGCGAGACUGCAAGUCCCAGUUGGAUAUUGUCUUUGUUCUUGAUGGAUCUAACAGUAUUUUUGAAUGGAAAGAUGUCACCAAUUUUUUGAAACGAAUCCUGCAAAAUAUGAGUAUAGGCCCCCACGAUACACAGGUUGGGAUUGUUCAAUAUGGUGAAAAUGUAACCCAUGAAUUUUAUCUCAACGCAUAUUCAACCACAGAAGAAGUGCUUGUAGCAGCAGGCAAAAUUAAGCAGAGAGAAGGAUUUGAGACCAUGACAGCUCUUGGCAUUGAGACAGCAAGGAAUGAAGCAUUUACAGAAGCUCAUGGGGCCCGCCCAGGGGUUCAAAAAGUCAUGGUAGUUGUGACUGAUGGAGAAUCUCAUGACAAUUACCGAUUACAAAAAGUGAUUGAGGAUUGUGAAAAAGACAAUAUACAGAGAUUUUCUAUUGCUAUUCUUGGCUCCUAUAACAGAGGGAAUCGAAACCCUGAGAAAUUAGUGGAGGAAAUCAAAUCCAUUGCAAGCAAGCCAACUGAAAAGCAUUUUUUUAAUGUCUCAAAUGAAGUAGCUCUGCUUACAAUUGUUGAAGCUCUUGGUGAAAGAAUAUUUGCUUUGGAAGCUACCAAUGAUCAACAGGCAGCUUCUUUUGAAAUGGAAAUGUCUCAAGUUGGCUUCAGUGCCCAUUAUUCUCAGGACUGGAUCAUGCUUGGAGCAGUUGGGGCAUAUGACUGGAAUGGGACGGUUGUCAUGUUAAAGGACAGCAAUUUUCUAACACCAACAAGUAACGCAUUUGAUGAUAGCUUUUCAGAAAGAAAUGAAAGUCUUGCAGCGUACUUAGGUUAUACAGUCAAUUCAGCUUCUGUACCUGGAGAUCUGCUAUACAUUGCAGGGCAACCUCGUUAUAAUCACACCGGUCAAGUUAUCAUAUAUAGAAUGAAGGACACUGAAAUAGAAAUACUUCAGAAAUUAAGUGGUGAACAGAUUGGAUCAUAUUAUGGAAGUGUUAUCACAACAAUUGAUAUUGACAAGGAUACAUAUACAGAUCUUCUUCUGGUGGGAGCACCUAUGUACAUGGGGACCGAGAAAGAAGAACAAGGCAAGGUGUACAUUUAUUCUUUAAACAAGAAAACCUUUGAAUAUCAGAUGACACUUGAGCCUGUAAAGCAGAGUUGCUGUUUGGUACACAAAGAGAAGGAUUGCAUAAACCACAACAAAAAUGAGCCGUGCGGAGCUCGUUUUGGGACAUCAAUUGCUCCCAUAAAGGAUCUCAAUCUUGAUGGUUUUAAUGAUAUUGUCAUAGGUGCCCCUCUAGAAGAUGAUCAUCGAGGGGCUGUGUAUGUUUAUCAUGGAAAUGGGAAGAGUAUAAAGAAAGAAUAUGCCCAGCGUAUUGCUUCCGGUGGAGAUGGAGAAAAGAUGAAAUUUUUUGGACAGUCAAUACAUGGUGAAAUGGACUUAAAUGGAGAUGGACUUACAGAUGUUACUAUUGGAGGCUUGGGAGGAGCAGCCCUCUUCUGGUCUCGAGAUGUUGCCCAAGUAAAUGCUUCCAUGAAAUUCAUGCCCAACAAAAUUGAUAUUCAGAAGCUAAGCAGUGACAUGCAAAAACAAAAGGUGUAUAUUAACUCCACAAUUUGUUUUGAAGUCAGAUUAAAGUCAAAAGACCUCACAAUUAAUGAAACAGAUAUACAGUACUGGCUUACACUUGAUUCACAAAGAAAGGUGUCUCGAACACUUUUUGCAGAAACAAAUGAACGGAGGAUUCAAAAAAACAUCACAGUUAGAGGGUCAGAAUGCAUUAAGCACAACUUCUACAUGUUGGGCAAGCCUGACUUUCGUGAUCCUAUAAAGGUUUUGCUGGAGUUUAAUUUUUCUGACCCCGAGAGUGGACCAAUCCUUGACAGUGAGCUACCCAAUUCAGUAGCUGAAUAUAUCCAUUUCACAAAAGAUUGUGGAAACAAGAACAAAUGUAUCACUGAUCUACAGCUGACUGCUAACGCAACCAUUGGAGGAAACAGUUUAUCUCCAUUCAUCGUCAAACUGAAUAAUUUGAAAUUCUGGGUCCAAAUGUUGGUCAGAAAUAAAAAAGAUAGUGCUUACAAUACAAGAGUCUAUGUACAACAUUCUCCAAAUAUUAUUUUUUCUGGAAUUGAGAAAAUACCAAAAGACAGCUGUGAUACCGGGCAGAACAUCACUUGUAAAGUCGGCUAUCCCUUCCUGUCUCCCAAUGAGGAGAUUUUCUUUGAAAUAGCAUUCCAAUUCAAUGUGUCCCACCUCCUGGAAAAUACAACAAUUCACUUUUCUGUUACAAGUGAUAGUGAUGAACUUGAUGAGACUCUUGGAGACAACAGAGGAACUAUUUCAAUUCCAAUAAAAUAUGAAAGUGGAUUAAUAUUUAAAAGAGAAGCUAGUUCGCAUCACAUUAUCAUUGCUGCAAAUGAUACAAUACCUGCAAUCAUUAAUUCUACUGACAAUAUUGGAGAAGAAAUUAAUAUAAACUACUUGAUUGAGAAAGGAGAACAUUUCUUACAGCCACAGCUUGCACUGCAAAUCUCAUUUCCAAAGAAUAUUUCAGAUGAAAAUCAAAUCCUUUACCUCACCAGGAUAUCAUAUUCAGAGAAUGCAAAAUGCCAAUCCAGCCACCCAAGUGAUUUGUUUAAGAUUGAUAUGGGCAAACCAUUCACAACAUCAAGAAUACAAGAACCUCUAAAGGAUCCUAACAUAAAUUGUGAUGGAUAUGAUUGUGCAUCCAUUAAUUGCACUAUAGCCCCUUCGAAUAUAACUCAUGUGAAUAUUUCAUUCAGACUCUGGAAGCCUACUUUCAUAAAGGCAAAAAUUCACAGCGUAGAACUCAUUGUGAAAGCAAGUCUAAGGAGUGAAAACUCAUUAAUGAUCUUGAAGAAAGAAAAUGAAAAAAUAGACACAAUAAUUCAAAUCUCAAAGGAGCUUCUUCCUGGCCAUGUGCCAUUAUGGGUCAUUCUGCUGAGUGUUUUUGCUGGGCUCCUGAUUCUUACCUUGCUUAUAUUUGCAUUAUGGAAGGCUGGAUUUUUCAACAGGCCCUUAAGAAAGAAAAUGGAGAAAUGAGAAGAAAAUCCAGACAAAAGAAAAAACUCUUAACAGUUCUGCAAUGAUCUGUCCUCAGGUGGACUUCUGAGAUAUGACUAUAAAUCAAAUACUUGGUUUAAUGUAGGAAAGGUCAUAAAAGUUUUACUUCAAACAACACCGUAUGAUGAGCAAUAAAAGAAACAAAAAGAAAAAAAAACCAACAAACCAAAGGUAGAAAAGAUAAUCGUGGAAGGAAACUAUUUUUCCCCUUUUUUAUAGGUGAGCAGGACUGAAAAAUCUGUGCAACUUGUUCUGAACUUGCAUCUUUUUUCUCAGAUAACUUUUUCUUCAUGGAUAUACAAAGCAACUUUGAAGCCAAGGUGUAUUCAAAACUAGGGACAGAGCAAAAAGGCAAUUUAUUCCUCAGAUUCUACCCAUUAUUUUUAAUAUUGUCACUUAUUUUUUAGAGCACAACCCACAGAUUUUUAUCUCAAAUGUAUGCACAGGAACAUAUAUCCUACUGAAUGGAAUUUGAGGAUUUCAAACAGUGUCUGACAUGCAUAUUGCAUAAGAAACAUCUGCAACUUUGAUUUAUCAUCAUUCUUAAAUGGGGAAGAAGCCAGUAUUCAAAGCUGAGCAUGCUACUGUUUUGGGAAACAUUUAUCCAGGAGGAAAAACACCCUUCAGAAAUUAGCAACGACACCAUAAAAUUUCACAGAGGUGUUAUCUAUCAAGCAUCGGAUGGAAUUCCCCGCCUUGUGUAUAACUGUAGAAAAAUCAUUACUUAAUGGCUAAGGUCAUAUUUGUAAUUGGAGCAGCUCAAGUACACCUUGUCAUUUACAAUUUGAGAGAGAAAAAUAUGCAUCCUGAAAACUGUAAACUUGCUAUAUAUAUUGCUCUAAAGUCAUUAAUGCUAAGAUACGAUUUAUAAUACCAGACAGGUUAUAUUUCUCAUAAAUUAAAAGUGUGUGAAUAAAAGUCUAUACAGGGUCCUAUAUUUAGUUUACAUCUAGAAAUAGAAACUUUUAACCAUUUUGUGGUUAAAAAAAAGAAGGAACUUUAUUCACAGCGAAGGGGUGAAUUUGAAAGCAGUGCCAUUACUUCCCAUAGGGGGGAAUUAGCUUCCCCUUAUGACUGAAAUAGAUCACAAGACUACAUUAGAAUCAUGCAUCACUCUGAACCAUGUUAUUCCUCCACAGUGUAUAUCCUCAGUAAUGUUUUCUGGUACCGUUAUGUAUUGACCAGCAGGAGGCAGUACAAUACUGGUUUUCUAAUAAAGAUAAAAUCAAGAGCACACUGCCUCCUAGUGUUCGAUGUAAUAGGAUAAGAAUAGCUAUCUGCACAGAUGAUUACUGCUUUCUCAUUAUUAAUGAUGAAUCCUUGAAAAUAUAUUUGCUUUAUAUUUAGUGGAAAAUGUGAAAAAAAAUGUUUUUGUUUUCCUGAAAAAGUUAAAUCAUAGUUCUUUAAUUUAUUACAGACAGAACAUGGAUCUUCGUGCAAGUCACUAAUGCUAAAUUAGCUUGAUGAUUUGUUAGCAGAAAAAUAAGAUUUUUUUUUUGCCUUCAAAUCAGUGACUACAUGGAGAAGUCCAUACAGUUUUCUAGACAGAGGUUUAUAGCCUUGUUCCCAAGGCUGAGAGGGGGUGAUUAGCCCAGUUGGCUUCAGGGUCCCAGGCAAAACUAGAAUUCAAAUUCCCCUGCUCCAUUUUUUAAAUCAGCAAACCACUGUAAUGUGACACACUAUAAUAAGGCAGUAUAGAAAAUGUUUUUGACAAAAAUUCAACAUGGCAUGACCAUCAUAGAUGUUAUGUGUGCAUUUACAUAAUGAUUAUUUACAUAAUGAGUGUCAGCUAUAGAGUUGAGACUCUAGAAAGAGUGCAGAGAAGAGCAACUAAGAUGAUUAGGGGACUGGAGGCUAAAACAUAUGAAGAACGGUUGCUGGAAUUGGGUAUGUCUAGUUUAAUGAAAAGAAGGACUAGGGGAGCCAUGAUAGCAGUGUUCCAAUAUCUCAGGAGUUGCCACAAAAAAGAGGGAGUCAAACUAUUCUUCAAUUCACUUGAGGGUAGAACAAGAAGCAAUGGGUGGAAACUAAUCAAGGAGAGAAGCAACUUAGAACUAAGGAGAAAUUUCCUGACAGUUAGAACAAUUAAUAAGUGGAACAACUUGCCUGCAGAAGUUGUGAAUGCUCCAACACUGGAAAUUUUUAAGAAGAUAUUAGAUAACCAUUUGUCUGAAGUGGUGUAGGGUUUCCUGUCUGGGCAGGGGGUUGGACUAGAAGACCUCCAAGGUCCCUUCCAAGUCUGUUAUUCUAUUCUAUUCUAUUUAUUUUCAUUAUUUUCCUCAGAUACUUUUUGUUGCUGUUUUAGCCACUGUGUUUUUCCUUACUGAAACGGUUGAUUGGUAUCAACUCUUUUCAAAUAUUACACGAAUGUUUGAACUUUAUACUGGUGCUUAUAAAUUCUGUAAUUCUAUUGUGAACUGUACAAUCUUCCCAUAUCAGUCUGCCAGUAUAUGUAAUUUAAAUAUGUGUUGAAAUAGCCUUUUAGAAUAGCUACAGUUAUUUAUGUUAAAUGUUAACAUUUUAUCAAUCCACUGGAAUUUUUGAAAUGUUAUGCUAAACAAUUCUUGUACAUAAACAGACUAUGAUUUUUUUAAAAAAAACAAAAAUCCAAAUCUGAAAUAUAUCUGAAGACUUAUUAUUGGAGGAUUACACAGCAAUGGCAAUAAAAAAUGCCCCAUAUUGGGAAUGAUGCGAAUCAUGAAAUUGAUAGAAUAGGCUUUCCUCACAAGUACAGUUUCAUUUGGGUUCAUAUAUAUUUCCUAUAGGAGCUUCUGGAACUUUUAUUUCAAAUAUUUCAGGUCUAUCUUGACAUGUUUCCCAAGCAUGAAUUAAAACAGUUUGAAUGUGUAUAAAAAGCAGUGAUGAAGUUUUGGGUCAUGCAUGAAACAAAAUUCCAAUUUUAAAUGCAUUACAAGCAAUAAGAAUUCAGAUCAGGAUUGAAAUAAAACAAAGUAUCCUGUAGAACAAUCUUUAGAUGCACGGACUUCAAUCCCGAGAAUUCCCCAGCCAGCAAGAGAACUCUUUUAGUUUUAUCUACAACAGGUCCAUGGCAGUGGUGGGCUGCUGCCGGUUCAGACCGGUUCGAGUGAACCAGUAGUUCCGACCAGUGGCUGGGCCCACCCGCCCGCCCUGGUGCUAUCAUGUCCUAUAUAAUUGCUGGUUUUUCAAUGUUGCGAUGAUGUGCGUGCAUGCUCACAUUUUCAGUUCGGGGUGAACCAGUUGUUACAGUAUGUGAUGCCCACCUGUGGUCCGUAGCCAGUUAGGAUCCAGAUCACACAGCUGGAGACAAAUGCCAAGCGAGUGGGCAAAACCGAAACCAUUCUCUCUCCCCUCCACCCCCUGUCUGUGGAAAAUUUGUCUUCCAUUAAACCACUCCCUUGUGCCAAAAAGGUUGGGGCCCACACAGGGCUGAGUUCUACUUACCUUUACCUUUACUUUCUGCAUGCGCAGAAGCGUUUUGAUGACGUCGGGGUCAGUGGGCGAAGCCUCCUGCCGGUUUUACUACCGGUUCUAUAGAACCGGUGCAAACCGGGGGCAACCCACCACUGAGCCCGCUGAUGUUCAUGGCGUUUGCACAAUGUGUUUUCCCUACCAAAAAGGUAAACAAAUUUGUAUUUCCCUUUUCAAGAAUUACAGGGAUGUUUGUAUUUCAUAUUCAUGCCCUUAAAUUUUGUGACUUCAUUGUGAAUUGUACAGUCUUCCCAUAUCAUGGCUGGCUGGGGAGUUCUGGGAGUUGAAGUCCACUGUUCUUAUAAUUAUAAGAUUGAGAAACACUGCUAUAAACUAUCAAAUGUACUUUAAUUUGCCACUGAUAAAUUGAGGAAUUAUUUGCUAAAUUUAAGAUCUCAAAUACUAAUUCGUACAGCAUAUAGAUAAAGUAUCCUGGAAUAGAUAAAAUAUUUUAAGCAGUUUAGAACACUAAUAACCACUACUGAACACUACGGUCUAAAUCUACUUGAAAUUAACCAUUGGUGACAAAAUCCAAUUUAAAGCACUAGCAAAUAUUAUUGGCACAGCUAAUUUGUAGGUACGUCUGACUUUGUCUAGAUAGUGAUUACAAGGUGUAGCUACUGUACUUAUUUUAAUGGAAUUUAGUUUCAAAUAUUCAUAGGAACAUGGCCUAGAAGUAAUCGCAUUCAGUAAUUUUAAAUAUUCUAGUUAAAUUUUGUUGAAAUGCCCUAGAGAAAGUAUGUCAUAAAUUGGAGUACAAUGCUAUGUAAUGCGAAAAAUACCUUACCUCCCACUUGUGUCACUUUUUGUGUUCUAUAAACUGUUUUGUCAUGCACUUGUCAUUUCAAGAGCAGCAUGUUGAUAAAUGCAUAUUUUUAAAAUAGAAGUUUAUUUUUCAUUUCACUAUCUAAUUUUCUUUUCAUCUGGAAUGUUUCACCAAUGUCUCUAUAGGUAUUCUCCCCACACACAUCAAGGAUCUCUGGGGAUACAAUAUUUAGUUUUGAACUGGGAUUCUAAAUUUUCUUCUGAUGUAUUAAGAACUAAUUUGCAGUGGCAAAUGAUAGGAAUCCAUUUUGGCCCAUUACCGACAGUCAAACCGGGAAACUCUGUUGGACGUAGAAGUAUCUACAAGGCAUAGCUUUAAAAAAUCAAGAUGGUGGAUAUAAUACAACCAAAGCUCCAUUAUUAUUAUUUUUUGCAUAUAAACAGAUGGACUUUCCUUGCAGCUGCCAACUUGACUUUUAACCAUAGUCUGUCUACACCCUUGAUCUGCUUUGAUUCCAAGAAAUUUCACCAAAAUCAUCAUCUUCUUGUGUAUUUAAAAAAAGGAGUCCUCAUCAAAUAGUUUGAAAAAAAAAAGGUGAAAUACCAUUUUAUAUGGAGCUUUAAAAAAUUCUGUCCAUUAUAUCAUGUUGAGGUAAAGGCCUGACUCAUGCCUUGCAGCAUCUAUUGAAGUAACAUGUCAUAUAUUCAUUUCUAUUUUUUCUGUAAAUAUUAUUUGUGUGUGGGAGAUUAUGUGAAAGUUUAUGUGUAUAUGUGUGUAUAAUUACACAAUCUUGUCUGAAAUUGUGAAUAAAACUCUUUGCUUAGUCAUUAUGA